AUGAAAAAACAUCUUGGCUUCGAACGAUAUACCGAAAAUGUAAUGAAAAACACUCCGAUUGGGAAGUCAACAACCAAGAUGAAAGAGCACUCAGAAGAAGUCUUAAAGAUGCGGUUCAACACGGCCUAUUGCCUUGCCAAGAAGGGCUUCAAGGAGAAGCCAUUUAAUGACUACCCCGAAUUACUGGCACUACAAGAAAAAAAGAAUAGAAUUGACAAACAAAGAGAAUACCGCACUCCUCUGAAAGCUACAGCAAAUUUCAUUGACUUUUACUGUAUGUAUAUAGCAGAACAAUUUAAAGCUCCCCUGAAAGAAAUUCUCGUGAAGGCUGAGUAUUAGUCCAUUUUGACUGAUGGCAGUACGGACACAAGUGUAAUCACAGUCGUAUAUUUAACAACGACGCUUGUACGUCGCACGAAAUAAAAAUUAUACACGCAGUCAGCACUUACUAUCUUCAGAUGUUCUUGCGUUUUUCGGCAGCCCAGGUGGUCCAGCUCCCUUUGACGUAGCAGCUUUAACAGCGACAACGUAGGUGGUUUAUUAUUAUUUAACAAUUAUCUCAUUCUAUUAACUGUGAUGUAAUUGAUCAAGAACUUAUUUACGUUAUGUUCCUCAGUGAUGGACAAGUCAAUAUGAAAUUCCUUAGCAUCGAAAACCCUGCAGUGGCGGAUGCCAAUCAUUUGGUCGAGUGUAUUAUAAGGAAGCAUUUAAUCGCAUAGGCAUAGUAGAUUAUUCCUCCCGUUUGCAUGGGCUGAAUGUGGAUAGAGCUUCCGUCAUGCAACCUGGGAGUCCACUGUCCACAGAGGUGUUGCAGCACUUUUGAAGCGGGAAUCUCCCUGGAAAUAACCCUGGUUAACUGCCAUACAUUGCUUCAAUCACAUGCAGGAUCGAGCUGGCUGCAAAGGACGUAUUUGGAAACUCUGUGUUUGAAGAAAUUGACCUAAUCCUUGCGUUCUUGUACAAGAUUUAUCGAAACAGUUCCAAAAGAUUGAAAGCGCUGAAGGAGCUUGGUACUGCAUUGGGAGAAAAACUGCCAAGAUCUUUCAAGGCAUCAGGAACUGUACUCGAUGGAUUGGACAUCAUUACAACGCCAUAAAGAUUGUUUUAAAGCACUAUGGAGCAUAUAUGAUGCAUCUUGAAGAACUUUCAAAAAAUGAUAGUCAAACCGAAAAGCGGGAACAGUUCAAUGGUUAUCUUAACAAGUGGGAGCAUGGGAAAUGCCCAAUAUCCAUCGCUAUUUAUCUUGAUGUCUUACGGUAUCUAUCUUGUCUAGAAUGUCUCUCAGUGAGCAAAAGCAACAACAUGACCCCGUGAAAGCAGUUCGUCGAAUACAAGAAUUCAAAUGGACAAUGGUUAAAUUGCACGGACAUGUCCGAGAAGCGUUAGAUCACAACGAACUGAACCAAGCGGAAUAA